UUGAGCUCAAGUAGGCCAGGCAUUUUAUUCCAGUACAUUUAAAAUCAGAUUAAAGUACAAAUAUAAUUCUUAUUCUCAAACUCGAACAAAGUCUGCACCAUGUUCAGCGAAAUACCUACAAUGAUGAAGUGCGCCGCUCGAUCGCCUUUUCAGUGCGGUCCCAGCGGCUUCAGUUUUGACAAUUGUCUGCGAAACAAGGGUCUUAUUGAGAAGGGUAUUUCGGUACCCAAUUGUGCAAGUACAGGCACCACUAUAGUGGGAAUCACAUAUGACGAAGGCGUGAUCAUUGGCGCGGAUUCCAGGGCCACAAACGAAAAUAUAAUACCCUCGAACAGUAGUCGCAAGAUUUAUGAGCUGCAGAACAACAUUUUUGCCGGUGGAGCCGGCGUUGCACGGGACACGAGUGCCCUGAUGGAAAUGACGCAUGCGCAGCUGGAGCUGCACCGCAUGAACACCGGAUUCCGGCAAGUGCCGGUGUGCUGCGCCAACCACAUGGUGCGGCAGGUGCUCUUUCGCUUCAACGGCAACAUGGAGGCCAAUGUGAUCCUCGGCGGAGUGGACUCCACCGGAUGUUACCUGUACUGCACGAGGAGCGACGGCACCACCUUCCCCGUGCCGUUCGCCUCGCUGGGCUCCGGCAACCUGGCGGCCAUGUCCGUGCUGGAGUCGCGGUGGACCGAGGAGCUGGACGAGGAGUCCGCCGUCGCUCUGGUCUGCGAUGCGGUCUCCGUUGGCGUGGAUAACGACCUGAAGUCCGGCGGGAACGUGAGCCUGUGCAUCAUUCGGGUCGACUUCUCGGUGCACUGGGACGUGCAGAGCCCAAUCAGGAGCCCUCCAACUCGGACUUUCCCGCUGGUCGUCAAGCCCGGCUGCACCAGUAUCCUGUCCUGCGUCGAGCACAGGGUGGUGUUGUGGGGAAAGGCUCCUGGUCCCGAACCAGAUCGUCAACCGGAUCCAAGAAGUAACCGUGGGGAGGCAGACGAAAGAGGACGACGGAGACGAGAGCCCGAAACUUUUGCACCGCCAAGAGCCAAAAGAAGAAAGUUUGACUAAAAACGGAAAUCGGUCUAAGAAUUCCUUUGUGUUUUGUUGCUAAAAGCCGAGCAGGAAAUCAUGUUUCCCAAAAUUAGUUAAUUUAUUUCAGUUUAUUGCUUAUUGCAUUGCUUGUAAAUUAAAAGUUAUCAUUAAAUUUUCAGAGCAAAAGGG